GCAGCAGCAGCCGCAGCAGCAUCAAAAACAAAAACAAGAAAAAUGGGCGGCGGCAAAGAUAUUCGCCGCGGCCUGGAGCCAUUAGAAUUUGAGGAAUGCAUCGUCGAUAGUCCCGAAUUUCGUGACAAUUUAAAUCGUCACGAGAAGGAAUUGGAUCACACUAGUCAGCAGAUCAAGCGCAUUAUCAAAGAGGUUAAAGAUCUAAUGAGUGCCGCAAAAGUACUCUCCACUCGGAUGAAACAGUUGGCCAUUCUGCUAAAUGAUUUUAAUUUUGAGUGCAUUGGCACCGCCCAGACCGAUGACGAGAAUGUCAUCUGUGAGAGCUUAAAACGCUUCGGUGCCAUCAUUGGCACCAUUGAGGAUGAACGCGAGAAAAUGUUAACUCUUGCGGAUAAGCAUAUUAUUGAAUCGCUGGAGGACUUUCGCAAGAAACAAAUCGGCGGCGUCAAGGAGAACAAAAAGAAGUUUGACAAGAAGACUGAGAAGUUCUGUCAAUCGCAGGAGCGCUUCUUAAACAUGUCAACCAAAAAGCCAGAAAACACGAUACAAGAGGCCGAUGCAAGUUUGGGCAUGCAUGAGCGGGAAUACAUACAGGAGUCGCUGAGCUAUGUACUGCGCAUCCAGGAGGUGCAGGAGCGCAUCAAGUUUGAGUUUGUUGAGAUACUCUUGGCUUUUAUAUCCGGCUGGCUAGUUUUCUAUCACACCGCGCACGAGCAGGCCGAGGAUCAUCGCGACUAUCUGCAGGAUCUGAGGCAUAAGGUCCAAAAGACUCGUGAAAAUUUUGAGGAAGCUCGCGAAAAGGUCACCGAACUAAAGACCAAGUACAUGGAAAAGCGUACGAAGUCCGAGGAGAUUUUCACCAAACGUGGCUAUCUGUUUUUGAUGGAAAAGAGUUCCCUUCUGAAAAUCUCACUUUUAGAGCCUUUCAAAGCAACAUGGACGAAAUACUAUUGCACAUUCAAGAAACAAAAGCGCGAGUUCACAAUGCUCCAGUUCAAUCAGAUGAAUCACAGUUUCACGCGACCCGAGGCCCGUGAGGACGAGAAGCUAACAUUAUUCUCAUGCCAGCGUCGCGCCUCCGAGUUCGAGAAGAGAUUCUGUUUCGAUCUGACGUUCAAGGAGAAGCCGGGCAUUGUCUACACAUUUCAGGCGCUUAGCGAGAAGGAUCAUCGCUCCUGGCUGAGCGCCAUGGAUGGCACGGAGCCGACGUAUCUGGUGCCGGGCAAAAUGAAGGCCAAUGAGGCCUAUCAAUUGGAUGAGACUGGCUUCAUGUUUGUGCGCCGCUGUAUACAAAUAUUGGAGGGUCGCGGUCUCGAGGAUGAGGGCAUUUAUCGCAAGAGCGGCGUCGGCACCAAAAUCAACAAACUGCUUUCGCUUGGCAUGGAGCGCAAGGAAACGGAGGAUGUCUUCACCGAUGACAAGUAUCGGGAUCUCAUGGAGAGCAACACCAUUGCCAGCGCCCUCAAAAUGUAUCUGCGCAAUCUAAACGAGCCGCUGAUGACCUAUCACUAUCACAGCGGCUUCAUCGAGGCAGCCAAGAAAGAGAGCCUCAAUCAGCGCGUCAACGAGGUGCACAAGUUGGUCUACAAACUGCCGCAGCCAAACUUUGAAAUGCUGGACAUGGUCAUCAGGCAUUUGACUGAAGUCUCGCGCAAGUACGAGAAGAACAAAAUGUCUGUGUUCAAUUUGGGUGUGGUGUUUGGGCCAACACUGUUGCGUCCGCUGGAGGAGACGGUUGCCGCCAUACUGGACAUCAAGUUCAACAACAUUGUCAUUAACAUACUCAUCGAGAACUAUGAGCGCAUCUUCAAGAAUGAUCCCAGCAGCGGCGUGGCGGCGGCAGUGAAUGCGGCUGUCACCGCUGCUAAUCUGCAUCCCAGCAGCACUAGUCCGCCGACGAGAAUGCCACGCGCCUCCCAGGUGGGCAAGGCUGCCUCGACGGGUGGCGGUGGCGGUGGCAGUGUCGGCCGCAGCUCAAUGUAUUCGCCGCAACAGAAGGUGUACCGCGUAUUGACGAAAUCCACUUACCCGGAGUCGACCAUCUCAUCCAGCUUGCAGAAUAUUCCAAAUGGCAUGAUCUAUGCGCAUGGGCCAGCCAGCGCAAGCAGCAGCACACCACCGGGUGGUGGUAGCGCUGGUGCCACCAAUAGCAGCACAAAUGGUGGCGCCACCUUGACAGUGCUAUCGCAUGCGACUAACGGUGCUCGGCCCGUUCAAAUGGGCAGCAUGAAGAACCUGCACGCGAUGACGCAGAGCGACAUCAGUGGACGUCGCACUGGAGCUGACACAGAUGCGGCAGCUGCUGUUUAUGGCAUACUGGGCGGUGGCAGCGGUGGUGGUGGUGGCGGCGGCAGUGGCAGUGGCAAUGGCACCGGCACAAACACAAAUGGUGGCGCCGUAUUGCAGGCCCAUCAUGCAACGCCGGCAACGGCGAGCAGCAAUCUGCGGCAUGCAGAUUUUCUAAUGGCCACGGCAACGCCGGUGGCACAGUCUGCCUCAAGCAGCCACAUCUAUACGAAUGCCAGCAGCAAUCGCCUCAGUUUGAACAAUGUAUCCCCGCCCACGGCUGCCAUGCGCAAGGAGCGCCAGCUGCACACAUCGGGCAGCAGCAGCGCCGUUUCUGCGAGCGGCCCACAACAGCAUCCGCCUGUGCAGCGCAGCCCCUAUGGCUAUGGCCAGGCUAAGCAUUAUUCUCCGGUGGCAGCCGCUUCCACAUCCAGCUCCAAUGAGAGCGUCUGCGAUUCACUCUCCUCCAACAAUGGCCUGGGUGCCGGUGGUGUAAUAAGUGGCGGCAGCAGUGCAAAUGUGACGCGAAUGUUAAACGCUCGCAGCUCGAUCGAUUAUCCGCCAAUCACAUCGCAGGCAUCGUCACUGUCCACGCUGCUUGGGUCCACCUGUGAUGAUAUUGUUACGGCCACCGCGGCGCCAUCGAUGAUCGGCGGCACUGGCGGCCUGGGCAGCCUCAGCGGCAGUGGCUCCACCAACGAGAGCGCCGACUAUGCCCCAACCAAAAUGCAUCGCAAUCGCGACAUCACCCAAAUCAAGCGGGAUCUAUCCGCGGGCACGGCACGCGUCCGCACUUUAUAUGCCUGCAUGGGCGAAAGCGAGGGCGAGCUAUCCUUUGAGCCAAAUCAGAUAAUAACAAAUGUGCGCUUCUCACACGAGCCGGGCUGGCUGCAGGGCACGCUGAAUGGCAAGACGGGUCUGAUACCCGCGAAUUAUGUGGAGCAUCUAAAGCCAUACCACUAGAGCAUACCACAUAGCAUAGCUGUUUGCCGCUCCACACAAUUCCCUCUCCACAGAGCACAUACACACACACACACACACACACACUCUUUCCCCAUAACUGCGUUUAGCCUAGUUGUGUAAGUCGCAUUAGCCUAGGGCUCUACAUGUGUAGUUCAUAGAGCGCCAUCCAAAAUUCGCAACUGUAAAAUUGUAUAAAACUGAAACUGAAACUGAGAGAGGAAAACGCAACAGCGGCGCAAAUAAAACUAAUUCAUAAGUGGAUAUAAAUAUGUAUGUAUAUGUGCAUA